CAGCGAAGAUGGUGGAUGAAAAAGAUUCAUCAUAAUCGUACCAGACAAUUUAUAGAAGAGAAAUUAAAUGAACUUUUAUAUGAACCAUCUGGAGAGUUUGAUAACUUCUGCCGAAUGAGCUAUUCUGAUUUUGAGUUUUUACUGCCAAAAAUUUCACCAAUGAUAUCCAAGCAUGAUACAGACUUCAGAGAAGCUAUACCAUACAAAUUUCGUCUUGCCAUUACGCUACGAUUUUUGGCAUCUGGUGAUUCUUACAAAAGCCUUCACUACUUGUUUAAAGUAUCUGUCUCUAUGAUAUCAAUAAUCAUUCGUGAAGUUUGCCGAGCUCUUAAUGAAAUUCUGAAGGAUCUAGUUAAGAUGCCCACCACAGUAGAAGGAUGGCUUAAUAUAAAAGAAGGAUUCAGGACUAAAUUUCCACAUUGCAUAGGUGCAUUGGAUGGCAAGCAUGUAGUCAUUGAAAGCCCAACGCAUAGUGGAACAGAGUAUUUCAAUUAUAAGAAAACUUUUAGCAUUGUCCUUUUGGCUUUAGUGGAUAGCAAAUACAUAUUCGGAGACAUCGGGAGUCAAGGAAAAAUAAGUGACGGCGGGGUCUUUAAUAAUUGUUUACUAUGGAAAAGAAUAAUUAGAAAAUUAGAUUUUCCACCACCAUGUCCACUUCCAGGAUCGAAUAUUAAUAUUCCAUACGUGUUUUUAGCUGACGGUGCUUUUUGA